AAAAAAAUCUGCAGAUCUAACGCAGGGUCAUAAAAACAGUUGGAACGACCGAAACGUCACGGUUUAAGAAGUGGAAGGAAGACUUCAACGGAACACCGUGGUACAGGGCUUCUCAAGUCACCCGCAAACGGAAACGGUCAGAAGGGUGACGCUAAAAAUAUUUCAGAUGGUUGAAAUGGUGAAAGUGGAGUUGAGUGGCCUGUCGCUGAGGAACGCACGGCAGCGGAAAGCCGGAGCUGAAACCCAAGAUGUGAACACGCCGGAGAUUUCUGAACAGCAGAGCAGCUUGGCAUCGACGCAGUGCACUUCGACUAAGAGUCAGUGAUAAUCAGUGCAAUACGCAGGCUGUCGGUUCAAAGAUCUAACCUCAAGUAAAAACCGCUCUGAUCUUCGGCAACCCAAAACAGAUGGCCACUCUUACGAACACGUCGACACUGCUGCACUGAGCUUCUUCCGCUAUCCUCUAUCUCUUAGUCUCUUUCAUUUCCCCUCUCUCCUCUCUCUUCUCUCUCUCGCUAUCAGAAUGGAGUGCUGCCUGCUGACAGUGUGCGCUGUUUGUGCGGCUCUCCUUUUUGUCCUCUUUUAUUGGAUUGUGCCAGCUGUGCAGAGUAAUGGCAUGUGGGCAUUAAUAUGGCAUGACUUCAUCACUGAGCGACUGCGCGACACACUCACCCGCUCCACGCGGCCUCAGCGCAUGCUAAAAGCAGUGCAGAAGAACGCCACUAAAGGAAAUCCCGAGAGCGUCAUCUCUGCCAUCGACUACUUCUGCAAGAAUUCUGAAUGGGCCAUGAAUGUGGGCGAUGAGAAAGGCUCCAUUUUGGACUCGGUGGUGACCGAGGUGAACCCAAGCACGGUUCUGGAGCUGGGUACGUACUGCGGGUAUUCCACAGUGAGGAUCGCCCGCCUGCUCUCCCCCGGCACCAAACUCAUCACGCUAGAGUUUAACCCAGCUUACGCCACCGUCGCCAGGCAGAUCAUUGCCUACGCUGGCCUACAAGACAAGGUGACUCAAGUAGAGGGCUCGUCGGCUGAUUUGAUCCCCCAAAUAAAGGAGCGUUUCAGCAUCACAACGUUUGACUUCAUCUUUCUUGACCACUGGAAGGACCGGUACCUCCCUGACAUUAAGCUGUUUGAGGAGUGCGGUUUGCUAAGGAAGGGCUCUGUGCUGCUGGCGGACAACGUGAUUUGUCCUGGAGCGCCGGAAUACCUGGAGUAUGUGAGGAACAGCCCUCGCUAUGAGAGCAGAUACUAUCCCGCCCACCUGGAGUACACCAAAGUGGAGGACGGACUGGAGAAGUCGGUCUUCUUGGGAUAAAAAGAAUGUUAUUGCCAACAACAACAACAACAGUAACAACAACAAUCACAAUGAUCUACAAUCAAUUAUAAUCCCAGUGUAGGGAAUAUAAAUAUUAACCAGUUUAAAUCAGUGUACUGGUCUCAGUAUUUACAAAAAAUACAACUGCAUUGAUUUAUAGGUGAGUGUUUAUAGGUGUGUGAUCAGGGAAAAGUCAGGCAAAUGAAUUCAUACUUGUCUUGGUGUAAGAUAGUCCAUUAUCAUACAGCCACCUUUUUUAUUUAUCAUUAGUGUAGUAUUAUUUAGAAAUGUUAUUAAAUGGCAGAUUCACACCCUUCCCUACAAUUAACAUCCAAAUUUCCUACACGCCGCUCCAGAAUUAUUGGCACCCUUGUUAAAGAUGGGCAAAAUGUGAAGGUGAAAACUAUAUCGAUUGCUGAUGAGGUCUCACCUGGACACUCUAAAUUUGUACUUAAGACCUACUACUGCUGUGAUCAUAAACACUGUCCUGUACUUCUCCUGGGAUACGGGAUACUCGUUGAACAGGCCUUCUACACACUUAGCAUUGUUUGACUUCAUAAUACACUGCUUGAUCUUACGUCAUCAUUACCUCUACAUUGCAUGUGGACGAUGCUGAAUUACAUAUAUUAAAUAUUUUAAAAAAAAAAAAAAAAAAAAAAAAAAAAGAUGACUUUUUCCCCCAACAAUGUUUUGACAUGCACACAAAUAAAAUCCCAAACAAAUGUACACCCAAUAUUGAAACGCAAUAUGAUUUAACCAUCUUUCCUUGGAGAAUAUGUAUUUUUGUGACUAUAAUGAUGAGUGGGAGCUUUCCAAUGACUGUAAGCUUUCUAAAGAUAAUAAAAAUAUGAAUGACCAUC